AUGAAGCGUGUUGAAAUCACGGCGCCCGGUGUUGUGUCGUGGGUCGACCACCCGAAGCCCGAAGCUGGCCCUAAGGACGUUCUUCUCAAAAUCAAAGCCUGCGGAAUCUGCGGCUCAGACAGCCUGUACACCGAUCACGGCGGCAUCCCGCCCUACCAGGGCUGUACGCCCCUCGGCCACGAACCAGCAGGAGAAGUUGCAGAAAUCGGAGCGGGCAUUGAGUCACCAGACGUCGAAGUCGGCGACCAUGUCGUGGUAGACACGAUGGUUUUUCAAGACGGCCUCUUGGGCUCGGGCGGUGCGCAGGGUGCGCUGUGCGAAUACGUCGUCAUCUACAACUACGAGCCACGGAAGCACCUGAAGAAGAUUCCGAAGAGCAUACCCUGGCACAUUGCGGCACUAAACGAGCCCAUGGCGGUCGCCCUGCACGCGGUAAACAGGACGAGCCCGAAACCGGGCUGCAAGGUUGUGGUUUUUGGCGCGGGGCCCAUCGGUCUGGGCGCGGUCUUGGGGUAUCGCAGAAAGGGGGCGAGCCACAUUGUCGUCGUGGACGUGGUCAACGCGAGGCUCGAAAAGGCUCUCAAAGUUGGUGCCGAUGCUGUCGUCAACUCAGCUGAAGCUGAAGAUCUGGCGGCGACGCUGGUCGAGUUGCAAGGAGACGGAGCGACGGCACAAAACCGAGGCACUCGUCCUGGUACCGAUAUCUUUCUGGACGCGGCGGGCGCACCUCCGGUCCCUGCGCAGGUGUGCAAGAUGGCGAAGCGAGGCGCCACAUUCGGCGUGGUAGGAGUCCACAGAAAGCCGACGGAAUUAAACUUUGCACAGUUGAUUUCGACGGAAUUGACGAUUGUCACAGAUGAUAUCGUCGACAAUUGGGACAAGUACGCGGAGAUCGUCAGUGAUCAAAUCCCGUUUGACCAGGCGAUAGACGCGUUGGAGUUGGCCAAAUCAGGCAAAGCGAACAAAGUUGUCGUGGUUUUCGACUGA